UACAGGUUUACGUCAUGUCCGAAACAUCAGCAGUUUCCUGGGACAUGACACAGUCGUUUAGACUAGAAAAACACACAUUAAUACAAGAAGAUAGCACGUUAUCGUAGAGUCGGACCGCGUUUAAAUACUUUACUGCACUUCAGGAUCGCCGGCUGAGUGAUUUUAGCUGGCUGAAAAUGGAGGCGGUGCCGCGAAUGCCGAUGAUUUGGCUCGAUUUAAAGGAGGCUGGAGAUUUUCAGUUCAGCACAAGUGUUAAACAGUUCAUCCUGAAGAAUUACGGCGAGGAUCCAGACAACUACAACGAGCCUCUGAAGAAGCUGGAACAGUUACGGCAGAGCGCGGUGAACGUGACGCGGGACUUCGAAGGCUGCAGUACGCUACGCAAAUAUUUCGGGCAGCUGCACUACCUGCAGAGCCGCGUGCCUCUGGGUCCCGGACAGGAAGCCGCCGUCCCGGUGUCGUGGUCAGACUCUCUAACGACAGAGAUCUUCUCGGGAAAAACGGUCACACAUGACGACAUUAGCUACGAGCAAGCGUGCAUCUUGUAUAAUUUGGGAGCGCUGCAUUCGAUGCUCGGGGCGAUGGACAACCGCGUGUCAGAGGAGGGGAUGAAGGUCUCGUGCACGCAUUUCCAGUGCUCGGCCGGAGCCUUCACCUACCUGCGAGACCACUUCAGCCAUAACUACAGCGUGGACAUGAGUCACCAGAUCCUUAAUCUCAACAUCAAUCUCAUGCUGGGCCAGGCGCAGGAGUGUUUGCUGGAGAAGUCCAUGCUGGACAACAGAAAGAGUUUCCUCGUCGCACGGAUAAGUGCUCAGGUUGUGGACUAUUAUAAAGAGGCUUGCCGCGCCCUGGAGAACUCCGACACCGCCUCCAUGCUGGGGAAGAUCCAGAAGGACUGGAAGAAACUUGUGCAGAUGAAGAUUUACUACUUUGCUGCUAUUGCUCAUCUGCACAUGGGAAAGCAAGCUGAGGAACAGCAGAAAUACGGAGAACGGCUCGCUUAUCUUCAGAGUUCACUAGACAAACUGUCCGAGGCGAUAAAGUUGGCUAAAGGCCAGCCGGAUAGCGUUCAGGAAGCCUUGCGCUUUACCAUGGACGUCAUCGGGGGAAAAUUUAACUCUGCUAAGAAAGACAAUGACUUCAUUUACCACGAGACCGUGCCAUCUCUGGAGACUCUACCUUCAGUUAAAGGUGCACCACUGGUCAAAGCCUUACCUGUGAACCCAACGGACCCCAGCGUUACAGGACCAGACAUUUUCUCCAAGCUGGUGCCUAUGGCUGCUCACGAGGCCUCCUCUCUCUACAGUGAAGAAAAGGCCAAGCUGCUACGAGACGUCAUGGCAAAGAUAGACAGCAAGAACGAGACUUUAGAACAAUUCAUGGACUCUCUGAAUCUGGACCCAGACUCUGUAGACAACCUGGACAUGUACAACAGCAUUCCGUCUGUACUCAUGGAGAAGUGUGCAGCUCUCAGCGUGAGACCAGACACGGUCAAGAGUCUUAUACAGUCUAUGCAAGUACUAUCUGGGGUGUUCACGGAUGUGGAGGCAUCCCUGAGGGAAAUUCGGGCGGUGUUAGACGACGAUGAAGCAGGUGACCGCAAGCUGGAGGAGGUAGCAGGGAAGCAGAGUGUCCCACCACAACCUGGUGCUGUAGCUGAGCUCCGUAGGGACCUCGAGAAAUACCUGGAGGCCCAUGAGAAAGCAAGCUUUACUAACACAGAGCUCCAUCGAGCCAUGAACCUGCAUAUUAGUAACCUGCGAUUGCUGGGUGGACCGCUGGACACUCUGAGAGAGGCCCUGCCCAGACCACAGCUUUCUGAAGAUGAAGUAGCAGGUCUCCAGACAAUGAAAAGGAUUCUGAGUAAAGUACAGGAGAUGAAAGACCAGCGCUCUUCUCUUGAGAAACAGCUGAGGGAGCUGAUCCAGCAGGAUGACAUCACUACUGCUUUAGUUACCACCGAGAGGGCAGAUAUGAAGAGGUUAUUUGAGGAGCAGCUGAAGAAAUAUGAACAGGUAAAACUGUACAUCGAUCAAAAUCUAGCUGCCCAGGAGAAUAUCCUGAAGGCGUUAACGGAUGCGAAUGUCCAGUAUGCAACAGUACGCAAAAGCCUGACUGAGACAGAACACAAAUGGAACAGUACCGUGCAAAUGCUUGUUGCUUCCUAUGAAGCCUACGAAGACCUGAUGAAGAAAUCACAAGAGGGAAAAGAGUUUUAUGAAGACUUGGAAGCUAAGGCUUCUCGCCUCUUAGAAAGGGCGAAGACCAUCUGCAAGACUAGGGAUGAAGAGAGACAAUUCAUUUUGGAUAAAGAGCUCCCAAAAAAGGUUCCUCAAAGACCCACAGCCCCAAAGCCAGCCCAGAAGAAAGCUCCAAACAUGGAUUCCUCUGGCAUAGAGGACCCUGAAAUAGCCAAGCUGAAUGCUGCUAUUUUAGCCUUAGGUGGAGACUUACCAAAAGAUCUAUGUAGUUUACCUCCUGAGCUUGCUCAUCCAAUGAUACCACCAGAUGCUUUUCAUCCAGGAACAGCUACUCUAUAUGCACCACCCAGAUUUCCUUCAAACCUACCACCUCCUGAACUUCUUGCACAAUUCUCUCGUUUUACCACACUUCCCCCAGCCCAGGCCUUUAACCACAGUCUGCCACGAGGGCCCUUACCCCAACAGCAUCAGAUUCCUCAGAUGCCCAAUCCUCAAGUCUCUCGGCUUCCUUCGGUGCCUGGGUAUCGUCCUCCAUCUUUACAAAUGCAGCCAGGUAUAUCGGGCCUACCACCUCCAAUUCGCACAUCCACCACCACUGUAGACAGUGUGCAAACACCUAUUCCCAGCUACACUCCAGCAUCAGGACAGCCAGCUAUGCCUGCACCUACCCCUGGACACCCUGUGCCCACUCCUGCAGUGUAUAAUCCUCCCCCUUCUAUGGCUUCCCAGCCUCAGUAUCUGCAUCAGCCUGGUAUUCCGGUGAGCCAGCCAACUCAGGGACUACGAGCUCCUCAACCACAUUCACAGCCCCAUCAACCAUUUCCCCAAGUUGGUGGUCAGGGCCAUCCACAGCCAACCCCACCUCAGCCAUUUUUCCAUCCUGUGCCAGGUCAGCCGCGAAUACCUGGGCCUCAACUCCCACAACAAACUCAGCCCCACUACGUACACCAUAUGGCACAACAGAGACCACCUGGACCACAUAAUCUUCAGCAACGGCCAUAUAAUAUUCACUCCACACCAUCUGCACUGCCCCAGCAGGUGUAUCCUCCUGUUUCAUUUGUUCCUGGUUGCCAACCUUUGAACACUAUUGCUCCAAAUCAAGUGCCCCAUCAUUCCAUGCAACCACAAACACCCCCUUCCUCGCAGCCAAUGCCUCAAGUUUCUAUGCCACACUUACCAAAUGUAAAACAACAAAUGCCCCCUUGUUCCCAGCCUUUUAUUCCCCCAGUCAAUCAGCAAGUACAUCCUAUUCCUCCUGCACAAGCACCGCUUUCUUCACAGCAGUUACCACUUGCAGGCCCUGGGCAAAUGCCUCCCCCCUCACAACAAAUACCCCCACUGUCUCAGCCACAAAUGCUACCAUCUUCCUCCCAAAUGUCUCCUCCCACUCAUCUGCAAAUGCCUGCAGCUUCCCAAGCCUUGCUUCCUUCUCAUCCACCAGUAUCUGCUGUUUCCCAGUCUUUACCUCACCCAUCUCGACCACAAGUGCCCAGUGUUACCCAGUCAUUACCACACUCAUCCCAGCAACAAAUCCAUCCUCCCUAUCAGCCAGCAUUUCUAGCACCCACACCAAGGGGUCCAGUCCCUGUACAGUCUCUGUUACCUCCAGCUUCUCUUCCAGCACAGUUCCCAGGGCACACCAGUGCUCUCCCUUCACUGCCCCAUGCCAGUCUCCCCUCACAACUUCCUGCUGGACCUCAUCCUUCAGUGGCCCCACAGAUGACCCAGCAACCUGUUUUGCCUCAGCACCAUCUCCCUCCUCAUUCUACACCUGUGGGUUAUCCUGGUGGUAUUCCUAUAGUUCCAAACCAGUCCACAGUUCCUCAGCAGCCCCAGGCUCGGCCUUCACAGGUGCCAUCAGGGGGGGCAGCAUCAUACCCUGGACCACAUGCUGGGAUCAUUCCCCCAGGAUCCAUCCAGCAUUCCGCCACACCAGUCAUUACACCUGGACUCCAGCCACUCCCUCAGGCUAUGAUCCCACCAUCUUCAGCUGCUCCAGGAGCUACACCAAGCAGUGUCCUACCUGCCCAGUCACCUUCUCCAUCACCGGGGCCUUCCUCACUUGGUAUGGUACCUCAGAGACCCUCUCCUGCUAUCACACCUGUUGCAGGUGCACCAAUACCACAGACUGCAACAACACCCUUGCCAACAUCUGGCCCCUUGCCCUCACCUAACUCACUUUUUCAGCACCAGAAUUCCAGUACAGAUGAUCUUCUGUCUUCAAGCCCAGAGAGCCAACAUGGUGGUACCAAAGACACUGCCAAUGUCUUACUGCCCACCAAGGCUGAUCCUCAAGAUGAACACCUUCGCAAGAAAUCAGAGGGAGUGAAGAUUAUUCAAGGUGAUCCAUACCAGGCUCCCGAGAGGGUCUCGCAGCUUUGUGCAGAGCUUGAAAGGUUUCGGUCAACUGUCCAGUCGUUGGAGCGUCCUUCGGGAGAAGGAGGUUUAUCCGAACUCGAUGCUCGAUGGAAGGAGCUGCAAGAUCAGCAAGAGAGGGAUUCUCGUCAACUGUCUAUUGCCAUUGCCCGUUGCUACACUAUGAAAAACCGCCACCAGGACGUCAUGCCUUACGACUGUAAUCGGGUUGUUCUGCACUCUGGCAAAGAUGACUACAUCAAUGCCAGCUUUAUAGAGGAUCUUUCACCAUAUUGUCCACGUCUCAUUGCAACACAGGCUCCCCUUACUGGAACUGCUGCUGAUUUCUGGCUGAUGGUCUACGAGCAAAAAGUGUCUCUAAUUGUAAUGCUGGUGUCUGAGCAAGAAGUUGAAAAGCAAAAGGUCCUGCGUUACUUUCCCUCCGAAAGAGGUCAGCAAAUCACUCAAGGCUCGAUCACACUAAGCCUGACUACCCAGAAAAACACUGCCACGCACGUGGAGCGCAUGAUCGGACUGCAGUAUAGGGAUCAAAGUUUGAAGAGAACGGUUGUCCACCUACAAUUCACUUCAUGGCCUGAACUUGGCUUGCCAGAGAGUAAAAGUAACCUCAUUCGAUUUAUUCAGGAGGUUCACGGACAUUACCUUCUCCAGCGCCCUUUACACACACCUGUUGUGGUGCACUGCAGCUCUGGUGUUGGUCGAACCGGUGCUUUCUGCCUGUUGUAUGCUGCACUACAAGAGCUGGAGGCUGGGAAUGGGAUACCCGACCUAUCCCAGCUGGUGAGGAAGAUGAGACAACAGAGGAAAAACAUGCUUCAUGAGAAGUUACACCUAAAAUUCUGCUACGAGGCAGUGCUGAAACAUGCAGAGCAGGUGCUUCAGCGUCGUGGCAUCAUUACCACCCCGAGUCAAAAGUCCACAAACAGUGUAGCAGUUAAGCAGUACUCACAGCCUGAGGCUCAGGAUAUUGUUCUUGGAGGUGAUAUGCCCAUUAGCUCCAUCCAAGCUACGGUUGCUAGGCUCAGUAUUCGCCCACCCAGUGCUGACUCCGACCAGGACCCGAACCAGGACCUAAUGGCUUCUGUUGGGACAGGUCCGGAACCUGAGCUGGCACUAGCCCAGGACCUACAGGCUCUUCCUCCCAUUGACACUGUUCCUGCCUCACUAAGUCCCCCACUGUCCUGUCCUACGUCCCCAGGUAAGAUGCAGUCCCCUUCACCUCCUAACCACCAGGAGAACGAGUUUGAUGCAUCCACACAAUUGCCAGUCUCCAACAGUAAUGCUGCACCUGAAGCAGCUCCUCCAGCAUUGUCAUCCCUGGAUCUUCUGGCUUCACUAACACCUGAAGCUUUUACGCUUGACACCGGUUGCCGGAGCAAACCGCGAAUCAGCAAGCAAAGCUUUUUUCAGGCACAGGAAGGCCAGGGUCUGCAAGGUCCUCCCAAUGGAGAUGACCCACUCAGCACUCUGGAUCCCCUUUGGACUCUCAACAAGUCCUGACUUUCUGGACUUAAUUCUGUCUGCUUAUGUCUCUGUGUUCUGUACUUCCAGAUCACGCUACCAUUUAGCAAACAUCCUUUCUUAAUUGAAUCCGUUACUUUGGAGGAGGAAAAUGCCCAGAAUCCGGAAAUCCUUAUCCAUGGCCACCUGUAUCUCUGGGACCACCUCACUGUGUCAGUUCCUCUUUAGUUUUACAUCUGCACUUUUCUGGUACUGCUCUCCGUGUUCCCAGCAUGCACACCUCUUCUGAAGAUAAGCCAGGCCUUUCUAACGGACAUCUGGUUCUCAACACCAAAAAAAAAAAACUUCAUUACUAAUGGCAUGGAAAUUAAAAGGUGGACUCUCUGAGCACUUUAAAUUUCAAAUAAAUCUUAAACUGAAAAAUGGGAUGUGAAAGAGAAACGCGAGAUCACUUUGUAGUUCAGAGCAGUUUAAGCCUUCAAAGUGCGUUUGACAAAAGGUUACUCCUUGGAUUGCAGAUUCUCCUCGUCUCACUUUGCUGCUUGCAUCAUCGAGCAAUCUGUUCAAACAAGUUGGAAAAUGAAAAUAGAAUGACAAAAUGUGCUAACUUUAUAUUAGCAGCAAGGACCAAUCCACAGAAUCACAUUUAAGUAAUGCUUGAUGCCUUCUACUAACAUUAUAGACUAACUUCUGUAGUCAGCUGUUAUUUUACGAGAAUUUGCUAAUGUUGGCUAAGUGUGCCCAUAUGCUGCGUACUCACUUUUCUUAUAACAAAUUAUAAUCUUGUAACUUAUUUCUGAUUCAACACGCCAUAACUUGAUGUAGUCUGAGUUAAUUCAUUUUGCCUCGUUAAAUGUUGUAAAUAAAUCCUUAAUUAAAAAUUCAUCUCUUCAA